GCGGGGACCGCGGGGCCUCUGGCCAAUGCGCGCUCGAUCCCCGCCCGGUGGCAGGAGCGGCGGCUGCUGGUAUGGGAUCCGACGCGAGGUACACCUCUCCGAGGACACAAGCUGAGCAAGACCAUGUUCCGGAGGAUGCUGCGGCUCGGCUGGGGCCGGGGUCAGGACUUGUCGGUGCGGAGGCUGAGCAUACGCAAAAGAGGCUCUACUCUGGACUGGAAUGGAAGAGUGUCUGAGUUUAAGAAGAAGAUCCGGUCAAUCCUGCCUGGAGAAGACAGGAAUCCACUGUAUGACACCAGUCACCUGCCUCCUGAACGCUGUGAUGUGGUGAUCGUGGGAGGUGGGGUCCUCGGCCUAUCUGUGGCCUACUGGCUAAAGAAGCUGGAGAAGCGCCAAGGUGCCAUACGGGUACUGGUGGUGGAGCGGGACCACACGUACUCCCAAGCCUCCACAGGCCUUUCUGUUGGUGGGAUUCGUCAGCAAUUCUCAUUGCCCGAGAACAUCCAGCUUUCCCUCUUUUCAGCCAGCUUUCUACGGAACAUCAAUGAGCAUCUGGCUGUAGUUGAUGACCCUCCUCUGGACCUUAAGUUCAACCCCUUGGGCUAUCUCUUACUAGCAUCAGAAAAGGGUGCUGCGACCAUGGAGAACAACGUGAAAGUGCAGAGGCAGGAAGGAGCCAAAGUUUGUCUGAUGUCUCCUGAGCAGCUGCGGAACAAAUUUCCCUGGAUAAACACAGAGGGAGUGGCUUUGGCAUCUUACGGAAUGGAGAAUGAAGGUUGGUUUGACCCGUGGUGUCUGCUUCAGGGGCUGAGGCGAAAAGUCCAGUCCAUGGGAGUAUUUUUCUGCCAGGGAGAAGUGACACGUUUCAUCUCUUCAUCUAGCUCCAUGAAGAACACAAGUGGGGAGGAGGUGAACUUGAAAAGGAUUUAUGAAGUCCAUGUGAAGAUGGACCACAGCCUGGAGUACCAGCCUGUGGAGUGCGCCCUGGUGAUCAAUGCAGCAGGAGCCUGGUCUGGGCAAAUAGCAGAGCUGGCUGGGAUUGGGAAGGGGCCGCUUGGUACCCUUCAGGGCACCAAGCUACCUGUGGAGCCCAGGAAAAGGUAUGUGUAUUUAUGGCACUGCCCCCAGGGACCAGGCCUGGAGGCUCCGCUGGUUUCAGACAGCAGUGGAGCCUACUUCCGCCGGGAAGGAUUAGGCAACAACUACAUAGGUGGCCGUAGCCCCACUGAGGAGGAGGAGCCAGAUCCAAAGAACCUGGAAGUGGACCAUGGUUUCUUCCAAGACAAAGUGUGGCCCCCUUUGGCCCAGAGGGUACCAGCUUUUGAGACUCUGAAGGUUCGCAGUGCCUGGGCUGGCUACUAUGACUAUAACACCUUUGACCAGAAUGGCGUGGUGGGCCCCCACCCCCUUGUGAUGAAUAUGUACUUUGCUACAGGCUUCAGUGGCCACGGGCUCCAGCAGGCCCCUGGUGUGGGGCGAGCUGUAGCAGAGAUGGUGCUGGAAGGCCACUUCCAGACCAUCGACUUGAGCUCCUUCUUCUUCAGCCGCUUUUACUUGGGAGAGAAGAUCCAGGAGCACAUCAUCAUCUGAGCCUACAGGCUCUGCACGCCAGUGGGCUUGUGUCCCCAACACCUUUGGCCCACUCUCUGGCUGCUUUCACAAUCCUCAUUGCUGCUCAGGGCCUUUCUAGCACUAUGCCAGGCUCUCCUCCGUCAGGCAUGCUCAAGGCCUAUUCUUCCCUGCCAUCAUCUCCUCUGGGAAAGGCCCAGCCUAACAGGAAAUCAUGUGGCAGGACCCCAUGACCUGUGCCAUGGCUGAUACCACCCAAAAAGGCAGUCCCAAGCACCCUGGCCCAGGACCAGCUCCUUCCUGGUACUGACCAGGAAAGACUGCCUCUGACCCUCUUGGCAGACCCAAGCAGAGCCCAGAUUUAUUGACUUGUCUAUUUACCCAGUCAUCAAUUAGUAAAUGUGAUUAACUCCUUCC